CACAAUAGCUCGAGCUCGACGUGCCUCUCUCUCACAUCGGUUGGUGAGCGCGAGCUCUCUCCAUCCUCUCCUAAAGCCCUUUACUUUGCGCAUGUACAGCCAAACUGAACAUUUCAUCGACUCCAAGAUGGCGUUAACACCACUGGCUUGCGUUCUGCUUCUCCUUUCCAUGCAAUGCUACAUCAGCACCUUGGCAGUCAUCCUCAAGACGACGAACACUAAACCGUGGGUCAAUGAGUUUGAAUCAAUCGAGCUGUCCUGCAUGAUAGAGUCGAUCACCACUUCUAGUCCCAGAAUAGAAUGGAAGAAGAUUAAGAAUGGAGAGCCCAGUUAUGUAUAUUUUGAAAAGAAAAUAGCAGGUGACCUGGAAAAGAGAGCGAAAAUUCGAGAACCCGCAACCUUAGUCAUUCUCAACGCAACAAGAUCUGAUACUGCUGAUUACCGCUGUGAAGUCACCGCCCCCAAUGACCAAAAAUCCUUCGAUGAGAUUUUGAUAUCACUUACUGUAAGAGUGAAGCCCGUCAUGCCCAGAUGCUCCGUACCCCAGUCCGUCCCGGUGGGCAAACCAGCAGAACUGCAUUGUGUGGAGGAUGAGGGCUACCCGAAGUCCCAAUACCAGUGGUUCCGUAACAAGGAGGAAAUCCCAGAAGACCCCAAGAGCAGUCCAAAGUUCUUAAACUCCACUUACACCCUGGACGGAGAGAUGGGCACUCUGAAAUUCAGUGCGGUCAGGAAGGAGGAUGCGGGAGAGUACUACUGCAGAGCCAAGAAUGAGGCUGGGUUCUCUGAAUGUGGACCGCAGACGAUGGAAGUUUAUGAUAUAAACAUUGCUGGCAUCAUCCUGGGCGUAGUGGUUGUGGUGACAGUCCUUCUGUGUAUAACAGUGGGCAUCUUCUGUGCCUAUAAACGAGGCUACUUCACCAGCCAGAAGCAGACGGGAAACAAUUACAAAGCUCCAGCAAAAGGAGAUGGAGUGGACUAUGUGAGAACAGAGGAUGAGGGGGAUUUCCGACACAAAUCCUCAUUUGUCAUCUGAGAGGAGGAAGAUGGGUGAUGGAAGAGAUUCAGAAUUACAUUAAAAGUUAUUGGCGCUAUUAUACCUCUCAGACACAAAUCCCCAAAUGAGGACACAGAUGUCGGAGCUGCCGCGGCACGUGCCUUGCUUUUUGGCACGACUGCAACGAAACAAUUCGUAUUUGCCAAAGGUGACAAAUAAUCAUGUCUGAUCACUGUUUAAAGACACAAGAUGUUUUUUGUUUCUUUAAUUCAACUUUUACAACCCCUUUUUACAGCUGACUAAAAUUUUGCCUGUCGGCAGAACCCGAUAUACAGCAAGAAAAUGUUUUCCUCUAACUCUUCUGUCAUUUUUAAAACAUUUGUUUUGUACUAGUUAAAUUUGUCAGACUAUUUUUGAUGGAAUAUAUUUUAAAAUGCCUAUAGAAAAAAAAAAAGUUUUACUUUUUUAAAUAUUUGUAAAAUACUAACAUAGAAGCCAGUAGUUUUUUUUUUUUUUUUUUGACUAACUUGGUGGUGAGAGAAACCAUUCCCACCAACUUCACAUCCUUGGUUUUAGUCAUUCGACAUGCAAAUAAUGUACCAGACCACUUGACGUGCGGAUGUUUUGUUUUGUUUCAAAUCCUUUCAAUGGCAUAUCCAGCGACACCGGCUUCAAUCAAAGGUCUUAUGUACUUACUAUACUGCUGGGAUUUCAUGUUAAUAUGAAAGGACGUUCCAUGUUCAUGUUUGUAGAUAGUCUUAGACAGUGAGUAUCUUUGAAAAAACACCAGCAAAAAUGCUGGAGAAUAUUUUGAAAGACCAGUGCUGCGUAUUCUUGAUUUUAAGUGUCCUUCUAUGCUAGCUGUUUAUUUUGUAUAUAGUGAAUAUACUGUCUAGGUUUUAUUAUUAUUUUUUUUAAUUAUUUUAUUCUUUUUUCCUCCCUCUCUCUCUCUGUCUCUUCUUUUUCUUAUUUGAGUGAGAAAUGCUCUCCAUGUUACGUUUUAACAUAACAGGGUUUGUAUGUUGGCUAACUGGUUGUAUAUAGAUCCACUGUGAGCUACACUGUGCAUAAGAAGUUUUUGGUUUAACCAAACAUUGAAUGAGGCAAAUAUGACACUCUUUCCAUGAAAAAAAAAAAAAAAAGGUCAUGGUAGAGAGGGGAUCUGCCUUAUUAAAUACAUUAUAAAAAUGCCUGGAACCAUGUAAACUUACCUUUCUUCCUUAGCAGCGAUUUGGACUAUUCACACAUAAUAAUGUUAAAGAGUACAAUCAGCUGAAACUGAAUGCUUUUGUUAAUAUUUUAUGAGUAAAAACAUUUAUUUAUUUUUUUUUAUCCUGCCACAUGUUCAGAAAUCUUCAGCUAACUUCUGAAAAGAAUCAUAAAUCAUUCCUCUUAAGUGCCUUCCUGUGUAGACAGUGACAAUAAUGCAGUUUUCAAUCACUAAAUGCUGUAGCAGUUAAUUGGAAUAUGCAGAACAAUUUUUCUAAUUCACUUCUUCAUCACUCUUAAACCAGGUCAAUAUUCAGAAAAGAACAGGUGUUUGAGAGGAAUGAUAAUGUUCUGCGCUCACCCACUGUUUUGGUCACACAUAUCUAAUAUUAUAAAAAAAUCUUGUAAAUAGACCUGUUGUUGUGAAUUGAUUUUGGGGAUUUUUUUUUUCUUUUUUUUGGUCAUUGACGUAGAUAUUCUAUUAUGUAUUAGUGCCUAAACGUAGAUUGAAAUUAUGUUUCAGGAGGACAGAGCACUAGUGUUAUUUCAGCAGAUGGAAUCAGAGUUUUAUAGUUUCACUAGAUAUAAUUGAUUUUAUAUAGAAAGUUAGAAAGCGAGGUAAAUUUCGAGUCACAGCCCAAUUCAGUCCUAUAUACCUACAUAUGGAGUACUGUGAGGGUAAUAGAAAAUAAAGUAUUUUGUGGGUUUGAAAAAAAAAAAAAAAAAAGCAGGGAGAGCUGUACCAAAUACUGACUGCCAAAAGAGCAUUUUUUUCCAAUUCCAGUAUUAUUCUGCUCCCAGAUCUUUCUUUUCUUUUUUAAAUUUUGUUUGUAACUCUUGAGUAAGAUUUUUUUGGAGGCCGAGUUUAGAUGUUUUUUAGUUUCUCUGGAGUUUGUGGUUGUUUUGAGACAGCUGGAAUUUUAAAUGAAACAUAUUUCAUUCACUGAAUUCAUGUCCCAUUGGUUUGGGACUGGUACAAAUCCUGUGUGAAUUCUUGAACAGUAUGUUUGUGAUUAAUAAAACUCACUUCUUAAAUUCA